UCUUAAAAAUGAUAAAAAAAUAAAAAGUAUAAUAUUUGAGAUACAAUAUUAAUAACAAAACUUAACGAUCGAACUAAAAUGUAUUAAAUCGAACAAUAAAUUUAUGUUUAUACUUUAUACGUCUUAUAAACAUUAAUAAUUGUAGUUAUGUAUCUAUUUAAUAGUGAAAAUCUUACGUUUGUGAAUUGGAAGCAAAAAAUGUGGACUUUCAUUUCGAAUUUUGGAUAAGAACCCAGUUUGUUGCAACCGUUGGUUUAAUAUUAGCAGUGGCACAACUAGCACUAAAUCUUAGGGGGGGGGGGCUAUUCUUGUUUAAAGCCCCACCUCAAAACUAAACCAAAGGAAUUUAAAAAAAAAUUAAUCAUGAUGAGCACACUAACUGGGGAUACUUCACGUCGUCGAAUAGCAGCACUGUCAUUUUUAACAAAUAUUUCUCUAGAUGGCACUCAUAAAGAUACUAACAAAUUACUUUUCAUCAAAAAUAAUAUGUAUCAUCAUCAAAAAUCUGAAAUGGAGUUUCCAUCACUUCCUGACAUAGGGAUGGAAAAUGAAGAGAAUACAUUCAGUGAAAGUGACAUUAUCUUGAAACAAAUGGAUAUUGAAUUUCAUGGUCCUGUAAGACUAACUAAAACACGAUCUUUAACAUCCACACCAAUAAAAUCAAAUAUCAAUGAUAAACAUAGUAUUGAUAAAUUUUUUGAAUUGGAUUCUGAUAAGAAUUGUGGAAGGCUACCAUUUCGUGAAAGACUUAACACAACUGGAAGUGAUGUAACUAUGGAAUCAAAAAAAUUGGCAGCCUACUAUCGUAAACGCAUGAUUCCUCAAUCUUUAUUGUCUGAUGAUAAAAGUAACACAAAUUUCAGCAGUUCUGAAAGUCUUGGCUUAGCUCUAUAUAAAACUAGUACUUUGCUUCAAGAAAAUAGCUCUUCAAAUCAAUCUAUGGAUAUUAGAGUUGUACGUCCAACAAUACAACAUCGAUUCAAAAAUGAACGUUUAGUAUUAGUCACUCCACAGAAAACUCCAUUCCUUGUUUAUUCGCUAAUACCAUUCAAAAGAUCUAACAGAACCAUAAUUGUGCGAUGUGAGCAAAAGAAAGAACCGAAUCGUAGAAGACAAACAUCUGGAACUCGUCCUUUAUCUGCUGUUAAUGAUAUAAUUGAUGCGUUUGAUCUCUUUGGAUUAGAAAAAGGCAAAGAUGGACAGGAAAUAUCAUACAGUCAUUUAUUAGUUCCUUCACGAAUUGUUGAACCCAAAACCCCAAUUGAAGAUAUGAUGUUAGAUACUAUACAGUCAAAAUCGCAUACCUUAAGCAGGUGUAUUUCAGCUGAUGUUCCUGAUAAUGUAGCAAUUGGAUCUGGUACUUACAAAAUGUGCACUGUUCAACCAGCAUCAUCAUCUCCAAAAGGUGAUUUGACAAAAGUUACUAAUACUGAACAAGAUGAAAAUGGAGCAGCAAUGUUUUCUCCAAACAUUCUUGAUGACCCUGAGUUUUUUGCUGGAAAACAUAGAACACUUUUAACAUUCAUAUCUUACAUGACAUCAAUUAUUGAUUACGUUCGUCCAGCGGAUCUUAAAAAAGAAUUGAAUGAUAAAUUUCAAGAUAAAUUUCCACAUAUUGAGUUAACAUUAAGUAAACUUAGAAGUAUUAAACGAGAAAUGCGGAAAAUUACAAAACCAGAUGCUACUUCAGACUUGUUAACUAUAGCACAGGCCUAUGUAUUUUUUGAAAGAUUAUUAGUCAAAAGCUUAAUCAAUAAAGAAAAUCGUAAACUAUGUGCUGGAGCAUGUAUUAUUUUGUCUGCAAAGUUAAAUGAUAUGAAGGGUGAACCUUUAACUAAUCUCAUUGAAAGAACUGAAAUAGUAUUUAGAUUGAGCAGAAAAGAUUUAAUGGUUUCUGAGUUUGGAGUAUUAGUAGCUUUAGAGUUUGGUCUCCAUAUACCUACUCAUGAGAUAAUGCCUCAUUAUCAGCGACUAUUGUCUGAGUCAUGACAUAAAAUAUUUAACUCUAGAUACUUUAGAAUUGAGUGAAAUAGUGGAAUAUAUUAGAUGAAUAAAUCUAACUACUUUGAAUUGAAUGUUUUGUUCGCAACACUUUUAUGACUGUGGUAUGCAUUAUACAUGUUAUUUAUUUUUGUUGUAUAACUUAUUAGAUUAGCUUGAGUUAUAAUUAUAAUUUAAUUUAUAAUUCUAUGUUUACAUAGUAAUUCUGAAUAAUAUUUAAAAUUGUUACCAAUUUUUUUUUUAUGUUGAUUAUUUUUACGCUACAAGUAUUAUUAUUAUUUAUUAUAUAGUUGAGAAAAAAAUAAUAUUGUUUUAUUUAUUUUAAAUGUACUAUAAAUAUUUUUUUUAAAAAAGCAGUAUUGAACAAUGAUGAUAAUUAAUGAAAGAAUAUUUUAGUAUUAUAGUUUGUUUAGUUUGUCAUUAUUAACAUUUAAAUGUAAAACAUAGUAAAUACACGUACACAGAGAUCAUACUGUAAAAAAAAAAAAAAAACAAAAAAAAACAAAAAAAAAAUAGUGUGACUUCUGUUUGUGAGCACUUCUCUUAUGUUCUAUAAAAGCUCAAUUUCACAGACAAACCAAGACAGAAACAUACAAUUAACUUUGUAGUAUAUUAUCAAUGUAAUUUUACAUGAAUGUAUUAAAUAAAGAAAUCACUUAGCAUAAC